UAAGUAAUCAAAUAGUAAUGUAUCUCAUCCAGUGUUUUCCAUUUGCCUGAUAUUUAAAUGUCUUCAAUGUGACGGAAGACUUGCGUCUGUCAAUCAGGAAUUAUACAGGAACUUCCGCGUGAGCAGUAAAGUGGUGGAACGGAACGUUACGUUACUGUGACGUAGGUUACCAUACCGGCACGGUUUGUUUGGUUCCAACGGAGCCGUUAUUUAGCGAGCUUUAGAAAACGCAAUGAUGAAGAAGCUGGCGCUGCAGGUCCUUAUGCUGCGUAGCGUGGCGCGAUCUAACGCACUCGCCCUGGAGCGCUUCAGGAAGGUGGUGCGCAGAAUCAUGACGAUGUGUCGCACGUGUCGCGUUUUCAUGGCACGCUCCGACUACUGCUCCAUUCAACUCAACAUGCUCAACCAGCCUGCUGUCGGAUCGGGCAGAAACCCUGUGUUUGAUCUGAACCACUUCAAAGUCAAAAAGAACCGCAUCCCGCGGAGGCUGGUGGAUAUCAUGUGGAAGCACCCGGAAGCUCGUUUGGAUAACGAGGUUCUUCUCCUCCAGAGUCUGAUGGCCACCAUGGACAGCUUCCGCCGCUACAGUCACACACUGCAGCUGCUGCUGGCCCGCUCCAUCCGCUACCAGAGGUUGGAGAGGCGUAGGAUCGUGGUGAAGAAGGGGGACCUCGGCCAGAGCUUCUACUUCGUGUUCUCGGGUCAAGUGGCCGUGACCAAAGACAAGGACGGGAACAGCGCCUUCGUCGACAAGGAGCCCAUUCUCAUCAAGAAGGGCAUGGGGUUCGGGGACGUGGCUCUGAUCAAGGGCUUGCGGAGGAACGCCACGGUGGUGUGUAUGGAGGAGACGGAGCUCAUGGUCAUCGACAGGGAGGACUUCUUCGCCAACCAGAUGGACGUGGAGCUGAAGCGCGAGUUUGAGUACCGCUUCGGCUUCUUCCGGUCACUAGAGCUGGUGUCGUCCUUGUCGUCCUCCCUGAUCGAACGCCUGGCUGACCUCUCCAAAGCAGAGCAGUUCCGGCACGGACGCACCGUCAUCAAGGACACCAACGACAUGGGCAACCUCAUCUUCAUCGCCCGGGGCCUGUGUGGUGUGUUUAGAGAGGUGGACCUCACCAAAUGCAAGGCCUACCAGCGCUGGGUUAAACAACACCAGAAUGCAGAGGGCCGCAUGAAGCCUGUGGCCCCUCCGUCACCUCCGUCCCCUGUGGCCCCUGUGUCCCCUGUGGCCCCCGCGUCACCUCCGUCACCCGUGUCCCCCGUGUCACAGCAGCCAGCCUGUGGGGCUUCAGGAAAGACGGACACACACACGCAGAGAGUGAAAGGCCCUUGUGUUGAGCACCCUACCUCUGCCUGGUUCCUGAUUGACAGCCUGGAGCAGGGCAGCACGUUUGGGCUGAAUGAGUACCUGAUCCCACACAGACAGAGGGAUGGCCGCAGCCUGUCGCUGAUCAGCCAGAGCGUGGAGGUCCUGCGAGUGGAGAAGACCUGCUUUGACGACCUGGUGGACACCGAGACCCUGAAGAAGCUCCAGGACAUACAGAAGACCUACCCCAGCGAUGAGGAGCUGUGUGCAGUGUUGCUACGGCACUGGCGGUGGGAGGAGUUUAAGCACGCCGUCGUAGUGGACGUGUUGGCCCCCUGCCCACAGCGUAACCUCGGCAACAUGCCCACCAAUCACAACGCCCACGCCCAGACUGCCCCCUGCAGGAGAUCCACCUGA